CAUCCAGACAGCGGAUCGGGCCGUACGCAGCAGCAGCAGCAGCAGCAGAGGCAGUAACAGCAGCAGCUUUGCCCUCAGGGCUUUUUUCUUCCCAGUCGUCGACCAUAACUAACAAUUUGGAUCCAGCGCGCGGAUGAGGGCAAUUACUGGACUUAAUCUAUCAUAAUGUCUCCUUUCCGAUCGACCGAUAGUCAGAUAAGUUAAGGCAAUGGCUGCAGAGAUCUGAGUCCCCCCUCCUUUGGGUGCGAGAAGUGGCUGUUUAAAUGAAUCCCAACUAACAAGAGAGCUUAAAAAAAAAAGCACUUUCAUUUCACCGAGACGCAGAUCGGUGGACACCAUGCGCACAUUUGCGGAUUUAACACUCAGAAAGCCGCUGGGUGCGUUUGAUUUCGGAUUACAGUGACACACAGGACGAGUUUUUUUUUUAAAGAAAGGGGGAGAUUUUUAAGGAGUCUGCUUCCUCUCGCUCCUGUUCGCUGUGUCCUGCAGGACUCCCUGAGUCGCGGAGAGCCCAUGCAGUCGCCAAGGGAGAGGAGUGAAGUGCGACCCCGAGCUGGAUGGAUGGUUAUGGGGAAAAGAGGAAGACCCUCGGCGCUUGACGUGUGCAGAGUCCUCGCGGUGUUUCUCUCACUCUUCCCCUCCGUGACUCUGCAGUGCAAGAUCCUCAAGUGUAACUCCGAAUUUUGGGCCUCCACCUCGAACUCUGGACCAGAGGAGGAGUUUUGCACGGCGCUGCGUGCGUACAACAGCUGUGUACGCCGAACUGCACGUACCUGCAGGGGGGACUUGGCGUACCACUCCGCCCAGCAUGGCAUAGAGGAUCUAAUGAGCCAGCAUAACUGCUCCAAGGAGGGGCCGACAUCUCAACCACGUGCCCGCACCCCACUUCCUCCUCCACCCCCGCCACUCCUCCCCGACAGCCAGGAACACUCAGAUGGCCCGGAAGUGUGCCACUAUGAGCGCAGUCUUCCGCGCAACACGGCGCCACCCAACUACACCCACUGUGGCUUCUUUGGAGACCCGCACCUGCGAACAUUUGGGGACGACUUCCAGACGUGUAAGGUGGAAGGAGCCUGGCCGCUUAUCCACAACAAAUACCUGUCUGUACAGGUGACCAACACUCCUGUGGUGCCGGGGUCUUUGGCCACAGCCACAAGCAAGCUGACAAUCAUCUUCAAGAACUUCCAGGAAUGUGUGGAUCAGAAGAUGUACCACGCAGAGACAGACGAGCUGCCGGCUGCAUUUGCAGAUGGCUCCAAGAAUGGAGGGGAUCGGCACGGAGCAAACACCCUACGCGUGGUGGAGAAGGUUCCUGGGCAGCAUGUGGAGAUUCAGGCCAGGUACAUCGGAACAACCAUAGUGGUGCGGCAGGUAGGCCGCUACCUGACCUUUGCCGUGCGGAUGCCGGAGGAAGUCGUGAACUCAGUGGAGGAAGGCGACAACCAGGACUUGUACCUGUGUCUUCACGGCUGUCCCGCCAACCAGCGCAUCGACUUCAGGAACUUCAAGGCCCGAGCGGCGGAGGCCCACAGCGCGGGCAGGAGCAGGAGCGGCACUGCGGCACAUGGCUUCACCUACCAGUCCGCCAAGGCCAAGUGCAAAGAGCGGCUUCCAGUGGAGGACCUGUACUUUCAGUCCUGCGUGUUUGACCUCCUCUCCUCUGGAGACAUUAACUUCACCAUGGCAGCCUACUACGCCUUUGAGGAUGUAAAAAUGCUCCACUCAAACAGCAAGAGGUAUCACAUCUUUGAAAAGGAUGCUUUCAUGAGAAACGCAGCACAGACGGGCAAAGAUUUUCUUUCACUCCUCUUCCUCAACCUCCUCACUGUCUUAUUGUGGAUUGAGUGUUGCACAGUUCAUCUAUAGUCCCUUUACAACAGUAUCCUUGUGGUGUAUCUGUCAGUGAGUGUUAGAGUAUCAUCGCUGUGUCGUACAUCGGCUCCUCUCUUCUGCUCUGGCUCUGUGAUGUGACCGGUGGCUUGCCAGCAGCGCCGUCGCUGCCCUGAGUCUCAUUUUAGUAGUAUUGUCAUGUCUUGACUUUAGUCUAAUGAUGAGGCGAGGUCACCGUGCUCCCCACCUAUCAUCACGUGCGUUUAGCUGCUUCAUAGGACUGGGCUUUGAUGAGAGCAGCGGUGAGAGAGCCUCAGCUACUCCAGAGCUCAGGAUAUCCACCUGGGAUUAAAUCCCACAUUCUCACCGGGCCUGCAUGCCUAUGGGAAGCCGGACAAGAUGAUCUUUUGCAGAAAGAAGAGUUUGCUGAUCCUCCCUCCCCCCUGAUCCACUCAUUGGUGCCAAGCCAGUGAAGCUCUCCGUGGCUCAUGUGGCAAAGCGAGAGGACCUGACAGGGGCUUUUGUUAACCUAAGGCCAGAAGCAGCUCUAUGUUUGAUUAGUUUCCAGCUUUGGAAAAGCCUGAGCCUUUUGGAGGAAGCACUCAGCCAAAAGGAUGUCAGAGGAGCGUCUCCAGUUGUCUGCUGUGGAGAUUAAUGGGUCAUAUUGUUAGGUUAUGUGUGCGUAUGUGUGUGUGUGUGUGUGUGUGUGUGUGCGCAUUAGUACAAUAUGUGUGCAGAAUUCAGCGUCUGUGGUUAAUUUUGUGUGUUUGUGGGUGCAGGAGUUCCCAGAAAUGAGAUAACAAAACCUCCAGUGGGAGAAACCUUUUCCAUGUCUUUCCAUUGCACCCAAAAUCUUUCAGAAAUAGAAAAGCUGAGGCGCUCCACGGUCUGUCAAAAUGGCUCUUAUCAGCCAAGUAGCAAGUCCCAAAAGAGAACUGAUAAAAAUAAUCUGCUUUCAUUUCCAGUGUCAUAAAGACUUUCACUCCAUUGUUUGAGCCGAUGUGCUGAUCACACCGUGUUUUGUAUCCGUAAUGUGAAUGUAGCUGACGAGACAAGCAAAAGAACAAACUAAGCUAAGGGCACUCAUAGCGUUUACAGAAUGUAGAUCAACCAAUCAAACUACGACACCUCUUUGAUAGCGCUUUGUAAAGCGAACUCUCCAUUUCAAGUCUCAGCGGUGUAGAUACUGUUAGUGCUAGCUGUAACAACGUCACCUCGAGUCAGCUCGGCGUUUUAUAGACUACCAGUGUGCUGACCUGACUGUGGCUUAGUGCGUAAAUGAUAAGCAUAUGUCUGUAGACGUGAUUUCAUGGCUUAAGUCAUUGCCAAAGAACAAGCCCUUGUGCCAACUCUUCCCUUACAACUGAAUUUCCAGCUUUCAGUCUUAAACAGUUCACAUUGGGGUGGGUAGGCGGGUGGGUGGGUGGGUUUGGAGAGGAAUCUUAACUGUAUAUAACUUGUGUCUGUGGGUGAAUUCGCAGUACAGUAACACACUGUAAAUGCAGCGUCAGUUUCCGUUUUAGCACUCUCACCUUUGCUUUUCUUGUGUUUCAUGAUAACACUUUCCAUUUGAACUUUGGCUGCAGUAUCUGGUAACGUGUAAGUCAUCCCUGUAGAUACUGCUACUGCUCGGGCACAGUCUUACGGUCAUUUCUCCUUUACACUGAAGUAUUCGGCAGGCCUUACUACUGCUAUUUGGAACAUGUAUUGGUGCAGUUUGACAACUACAAAAAAAAAAAGAAAAGAAAAUCGUACAAACAAAUGAUUGUAAUGUUGAAUCUUGUGUUAAUAGAUGUAAUUUGUGUUGUGAGUUUUACAGUAAAUGGUUCUACACGUGAAAUGUGAGAUUGUACAUAUGUUUUGUGAGUUUAAAUUUGUAUAUUACCAGUUGUGUUCUGAAUUUAUCACUCCUGUUUUUGUACAUCAGAUGUUUCGGUGAAUGUGAACCUUUUUUUUUUAUUAUUCGAAAAGGGAUUUUUGCAAAAGCGUGAACACCACAGAACUAAAUAUUCUUUACGAUUUACAGUAUGUUCACCUAGAAAGGAUAAAAUGCUGGUUGUCAUCCACCUCAUCUAGAAAGGGAAUGUAGGAACAUGUUCUGGGGUGUUCAUGUUUUUCAGUUUAAAGCACUUUAUGUUUUCUUUUGUUUCCAUUUAGCUCUUAUUUUGUUUGAGAUUCUGUGUCAGACUUGUAAUGGUAGAAAAGAAUUUAAAUAAAUAGCUGAAUGGGAAAUGCCAGAAAGAUCAAACUGUGUUUGUAUGUAAAGCAAAUGUGGUGCCACACGCCAGCUGUUUAUAAUGUAAAUUAUUUAUUGAAUUAAAGAAAAUGUCUUGUUAUC